CCCAAACCAGCCCGUGGGAAAAGAAAAGGUGUGGCCAAAGAUGAACCCCACCCACCUCGUAACUCUGAAACCUGGAAGAAGCCCUACGCCCUGACCCGUGUUGCUAGUGAUACUGAGUAUGCUAUCAUUGGACCUGGAAAGACUAAGGCACCUGCUAGGGCUCCACCCAGUCGCCCCGCCCCUUUUGCUGCUCAUCAGAAAAAGAAGUCAUUGAUAUCACCUUAUGCUAUUAGUGAACUGAAUGAAGACUCACCAAUCAGAGAUAAUUUAAAGAGAGACAGACAAAGGAAGAUUGAGGAGUACCAAUCUCAGUUAGAAGAGGUGGAGACUAAACUGACCCAGCUGGAACAAGAAGGAGUUAGACUAGAGACACAGAUACGUAGUCAAGGAAAUGAUGAUGAUGGUGAUGACCAGUUGAUAGAGGAGUGGUUUAAUCUUGUUAAUCAAAGGAAUGACGUGGUGAAGAAUGAAGCAGAGCUGGUUUAUAUGAUUAGAGAUUUAGAACUAAUUGAACAACACAAUAUUCUUGAGCUUGAAAUAAGAACAAGACUAAGUAAAGAUGAUUCACUGAAGACAGAGUUAGAGAAAGUUGAAGAAGCUACCAUGAUAGAGGAACUGGUUGAGCUGGUUAUGAAAAGGGACAAACUUUUGUGGGAAUUCGACGAUAACAAAUUGAGGGAGGAAGAGACUGUGUAAUGUAUAAAUAUUGUACAUACAUGUAAUUAAUGAUUAUUAUUGUUUUUAUUAUUAUUGAUUGUUAUUAAUUAUUAUUAAUGUUCAUGAUCAAAGUGUUUCUCUAUUCUACAAAUCAUGUGUGAUUUUUAUGAUAAUAAUUAUUAAAUAUUUUAUUUAUCAAUUGAUAUUAUUAUUAUUA